AAAUCCUCUAAGCAUAUCGCCUUUAUAAACCUCGAAAAGAAUAAUAAAAAAGAGACGAAGCAAAAAGACAAUAGUUUUGAUAGAGACAUAGAAGAACAAACAGAGUAUUCUCUCAUUCUCUCUCUGUUCUUAGUUUGAUCAAAAUGGAGAGAUACGACAUCUUAAGAGAUCUUGGCUCCGGUAACUUUGGAGUUGCUAAGCUUGUUAGAGACAAAGCCAACGGAGAGUUUUACGCCGUUAAAUACAUCGAGAGAGGCCUUAAGAUUGAUGAACAUGUUCAGAGAGAGAUCAUAAACCACAGAGACUUGAAGCAUCCUAAUAUCAUCCGAUUCAAAGAGGUUUUUGUGACACCAACACAUCUUGCCAUAGUAAUGGAGUAUGCAGCAGGUGGUGAGCUUUUUGAACGAAUUUGCAAUGCCGGUCGAUUCAGCGAAGACGAAGCAAGAUAUUAUUUCAAACAGCUUAUCUCGGGAGUUAGCUAUUGUCACGCUAUGCAAAUAUGUCAUAGAGACCUUAAGCUUGAGAAUACACUCUUGGAUGGGAGCCCGUCGUCGCAGCUCAAAAUAUGUGAUUUUGGGUAUUCCAAGUCAUCAGUUUUACACUCUCAGCCAAAAUCCACCGUGGGAACGCCGGCUUACGUUGCCCCUGAGGUCUUGUCCCGGAAAGAAUAUAAUGGAAAGAUUUCAGAUGUGUGGUCGUGUGGGGUGACCUUGUAUGUAAUGUUAGUUGGUGCUUAUCCUUUUGAAGAUCCCGAAGAUCCAAGAAACAUUAGAAAAACAAUUCAGAGGAUAUUAAGUGUACAUUACACCAUACCGGACUACGUCAGGAUCUCCUCCGAGUGCAAGCAUCUCUUAUCUCGUAUCUUCGUGGCUGACCCUGAUAAGAGAAUUACUGUACCGGAAAUCGAAAAGCACCCGUGGUUCUUGAAGGAUACUCUGGUUAUGCCACUGGAGGAGAACUGUAAUAAUGGAGUGGAAGAAGAAGAAGAAGAAGAAAAGUGUCGACAAAGUGUUGAAGAGAUAGUGAAGAUAAUAGAAGAAGCAAGAAAGGGAGUGAAUGGUACUAAUAAUAAUGGUGGAUUAGGGUUAAUAGAUGGGAGCUUGGAUCUUGAUGAUAUUGAUGAUGCCGAUAUUUAUGAUGAUGUUGAUGAUGACGACGAGAGAAAUGGUGAUUUUGUAUGCGCUCUAUGAUUUCAUAUAUAUACAUGCAUGCAUAUAUUUCAUAUGAAUGCAGCUUGAGACUAUCCGAUCCGAUAAUAAUAUUGUGUUGCAUGUAUUUGUAUUAAAAAGUGGAAAUAAUUACCCUUAAUCAAGUUAUAUAAUAAAGUAUAAGAUUUAAGGGUCGUAA